AAACAUUUGCUAACUGAUGGAUGGACAGAUAAAACGACAUUUCGAAAGCCGUAACAUUGCCGCGCGCAUCGAAUAUUGAAAAAAACCAAAAAACGGUAGAACACAACGCUUUCAAUUUGUCGAUGAGGACAUAGAAGCGAAAUCAACAAGUUUUAGUGUGUGUUUUGCCCCUUUCCCAGGCAAUAAAAUUGACAUAGAGCCAAAGUGUGAGAAAUUGGAGGGGCUCGCAAUAUUCGAUGGUCAUUUGCGUUCUACUCAGCCACAUUCCAGUUAUACGGUAGCGGCGUACCGUAAAUUGAAAUAGUAAUAAAUAAAUAAAUGAAAAAGUGUAUAAACAAAUAAAAACGCCAUCUAUUUUUAAACGAAAGUGCGCCACCAAUUAUUCACUUUACUAUUCAAUGAAAUGCUGUAAGACCAGGUCGAGCAUAUUAAGAAGAUACUUCCGAGUUGAAGUUUCCAAACAAUUAAAAAAAAAGAAUUUUUAUAACUAAAUUCAAACAAAAUGCCUGAUAAUAGCUCAAAGUUUAAUCCAAAUUUGCAAGUGGAUAUACCAGAAUGGAUAAACGAGGAAUACUUUCAUCCCAUUCUAAAGAAAGAUUUGCCAAAUUUUGUGAAAAUUUUAAAAUUUACCACAAUACCAGCCACACCGCCAGGCGAAAAUUAUACCUCGCUAAUGAUGAGAAUUAAAAUGGAUAUUGAAAUGGAAGAUGGCUUUACUCAACAAAAAUCCUACAUCAUGAAAACCAUGUUGGAUGAGAACAAAGGCGGCACUUUCUUCAAAACCCUUAACCUUUUUCCCAAAGAACGUCUGAUGUACGAAGUCAUAUUGCCUCAGUUGGAAGCCCAGUAUGAGGAGAGUGGAAUUCAAGUAAAAUUUGCCCCCAAAUGUCAUUGGAUUGAAGAUAAAACGGGGCGCAUAACCAUUGUUCUGCAGGACUUGCAAACCAAGAAAUUCAAAAACAUCAACCGACUCAAAGGUUUCGAUAUGUUGCACAUGAAAAGGGUCUUGGAGAAGUUGGCAGAGUUUCAUGCAGCCUCGGUGGUGUUAAAAGAGAAAAUGGGCACUUAUCCCAAAGAGUUUACCAACACAUAUCUGCCCGUCAACUAUCACAAGUCCAAAACAUAUCAGGCCCGCUUGAAUUCCUACAAAGCAGCCAUGGCCAAAUGGGGUCUGGAGGAUUAUGAGAAAUAUGCCAAAAUGAUUCCCUCUGCCGAUCAAUAUGUCAAUGCAGCCAUGCAUUGCUUCAAUGCCGAUUCGCAGGAUUUUAAAGUUUUAAAUCAUGGCGAUUUCUGGUCCAGCAAUAUUAUGAUCAACUACGCCUCCAAGUCUGCCUCCCAUCCUGAGAUUAAUCAAAUACGCUUUGUGGACUUUCAAAUGUGUAAAUGGGCCAGUCCGGCCAUAGAUCUUUGGGAGCUCAUCAUCUGUUCGGUGGAGAGUAAUCUGCGUAUACGCAAUUUCGAUUUAUUCAUACGCAUUUAUCAUACGCACCUGCUGAAAAGUCUAAAGUUCCUGAAAUACGAUAAACCUAUGCCUUUGCUUAGCGAUUUGCAUAUAAGCAUGUUGAAAUAUGGUUUCUGGGGCUAUUUCACCACCUUCACCCAUCUAGUCUUGAUACUACUGCCCUCGGAUAAGGAAGCAAGUCUGCUAAGGCUGAUGCAACCUGGCGAGGAGGGAGAUAAAUUUCGCAUGAAAGCUUUUACAAAUCCCCUGUAUGUGAGAGCCGUUUUGGACAUUUUUCCUUUUCUCUAUCGGAGGGGAAUUUUGGAUUUGUGAACAAAAAGGAUUGUGGCUGAAAAUAAGUGAAUGUUAAGAAAUCUCAAUAAAACAAAGAAAUUAUCAGAGUA